GCCGGGCACAGGAAGCGGAAAGCGGCGGCGAACGGCGGCCGCCGCCGGGGGAAGGCGGCGGAGGGCCGGGGCCGGCCGAGCGGGCAUGGGGGAGGCAGGCCGACCGUGAGGAGCAGAGCACCCUCCCUCCUCUCCAUCUGGAAGGAUUGAUUCCUUGUAAGUGAAGCGCACUCAGUCCCCACGGACCAGGCCUCACUGAUGACUGGGAAGCAAAGAGUACCCAGGAAAGCACUUUUAUCACGGACUCCACCUCAGGAGCACCAGGAACUCGUCUCUAAGUAAAAUCUGUGCUGCCGUCCACAGAGACCCCAAUGUCUGCUGCAAUGGAUACAGAAUCAACAUACUCGGGAUACUCCCACUACUCAGGUCACUCCAAAAAAGCCCACAGACAAGGGAGUCGCGACAGGCACAAAUCGCCACGAAGCAAAGAUGGCAGUCGAUCCGAGAAGUCCGUCACUAUCCAGGCACCUCCUGCAGAGCCGCUGCUGGGGAAUGAUGCCUCUCGGACAGAGGAGGGCCAGGAUGACAACUGGGGUGAGACCACAACAGCAAUCACAGGCACCUCUGAGCACAGCAUUUCCCAGGAGGACAUAGCCCGGAUCAGUAAGGAUCUGGAGGACAGCGUUGGGUUGGACUGCAAACGUUACCUGGGUUUAACAGUGGCAGCUGUUCUUGGACUCCUCGUCUUCCUUACCCCCAUCGCCUUCAUUCUGUUACCCCAGGUCCUGUGGCGGGAUGAUCUGGAGCCGUGUGGUACUGUCUGUGAGGGACUGUUCAUCUCUGUGGCGUUCAAACUCCUCAUUCUUCUGAUUGGGACCUGGGCUCUGUUCUUCCGCCAGCCCAAGGCAGACCUACCGAGGGUGUUUGUGUUUCGGGCCCUCUUGUUGGUCCUUAUCUUCCUGUUUGUGUUUUCCUACUGGCUUUUUUAUGGCGUUCGCAUCUUGGACUCGAAGGACACCAACUACCAAGGAAUAGUGCAGUAUGCGGUGUCCCUGGUGGAUGCUCUGCUCUUCAUUCACUACUUGGCCAUCGUGCUGCUGGAGCUACGGCAGCUGCAGCCCAUGUUCACCGUCAAGGUAGUUCGGUCAACAGAUGGAGAAUCGCGAUACUACAGCUUGGGGCACUUGAGCAUCCAGCGAGCUGCACUGGUGGUUCUGGAAAAUUACUACAGAGAUUUCCCUGUCUACAACCCAGCGUUGUUAACGGCCUCCAAAUCCCGUGCAGCCAAGCACAUGGCUGGCCUGAAAGUCUACAAUGUUGAUGAAGGCCCAGGUAACAACGCCUCGGGGCAGUCCCGUGCCAUGAUCGCAGCCGCUGCCCGUCGCAGAGACUCCAGCCACAACGAGCUCUACUACGAAGAGGCCGACCAUGAGCGCCGAGUUAAAAAACGUCGGGCGAGGCUUGUGGUUGCAGUAGAGGAGGCUUUCACUCAUAUCAAACGCCUCCAGGCAGAGGAACAGCAGAAGGCUCCGGGAGAGAUGAUGGACCCCCGAGAAGCAGCCCAGGCAAUCUUCCCCUCCAUGGCAAGAGCUCUGCAGAAGUACCUUCGCACCACCCGCCAGCAGCAGUACCACAGCAUGGAGAGCAUCUUGCAACACUUGUCCUUCUGCAUCACCAACAACAUGACACCAAAGGCAUUCCUGGAGCGUUACCUCAGCCCUGGCCCAACCCUCCAGUACGACAGGGAUCGCUGGUUCUCCAAGCAGUGGACGCUCGUUAGCGAGGAAGCGGUCACAAGCGGGUUGCAAGACGGGAUUGUUUUUGUCCUCAAGUGCUUGGACUUCAGCCUUGUUGCUAAUGUGAAGAAAAUCCCCUUCAUCAAACUCUCAGAAGAGUUCAUAGACCCUAAGUCUCAUAAAUUUGUCCUUCGCUUACAGUCCGAGACUUCAGUCUAAGGGAUUUCGAGGGUGGGUUGUUUGGGGAUUUUUUUUUCAAUAUUGUGCUUUUGGGUUUAAUUUCCCCAACGCUGACUGAAACUGGCAGAUGAUGGACCAGUAAUAUUUGACCAUCUGCACUUUAUUUGGAAAGGGGUGGGGGGAGCUGGGAUAUCUUAUCUAGAAAGAAAUAUCUUAAGAGGCAACAGGGUGACUUGGCUCGGUUAGCUCAGCCUUGGAGACAGAACAGAUUUUUUUUUUUUGCCCCCCCCCCCCCCCCUUUCCAGGCAUAUUGUAAAUCUCACGCUCUCUUUCUCUGCACAAUUGCAACGUCUGUAUUUUUGUUGGAAUGCUGCCUUACAUUGUGUGUGCGCGCGCGCUCGUGUCUCUGCUACCUGUAGCUAUUCCUGAGAACACGCUGCUCGCCUCUCCACCAUAGAGAUCUGCUUGUA